GGUGUCUUCCAGCCUGGGAGGGCUCAGCGAUGUCUUGAUGGAGUAUGGGCCAGGUCUUAGGAUUCUCCCACUGCCAGGAAUAUGGCUCAGUGGCCUCCACUCCAGAUUCGACGCCCCCGUGCACCGACGGUGGUAACGAGGAGUCGGAGCUGUACGAGCUGCAAACGGCCAGGGACUGGUCCGAGGAUGAAGAGGUCGGCUACGACGACGACGACACGCUGGCCUCCUCGCCGUCAGUCUGGGGCACCCCGCGUCAGAACUCCCUCGAGCUGACCUUCUCCUACAUCGCCAUCGCCGAUGCCGAAUCCGCCGGGGGCUCACGUACCCACCGGGAGAGACGGCGAGGCGGCUCGCGGGGGAGCCGCACCUCUCUGGUGCGUACGGACACCCCGGAGACGCCGCUGGACUCCCCCGACGGCGACUGGGACCCUCACGGCUUGACGAGUCGGCCGGAUGAGCAAGAAGGCGGCGUGGACGUGAGGACCACCAGCCCGAGAAGGAGGAGGCGGCAAAAUGAGACCGUCACAAUGCAGCCAUCGCCCCAAUCUGUGGACGUAGACACUCAGGAGGGCGACAGGGGGAUCCGAAGUGAGGAGAGCGCUUUGACCCAAACGCAACCACCAAUACGUCCAGCAGCACCGAGCCCCGAGCCUGAGUCACCCGCCGUUCCAGCCGAGCCCCUCCAACCGACUGAGCCCAAAUCCAUCUCCCCGGAUGCCAUCGCUCCAGAUACUCAGGAAAAUCCGCUGAACCCGUGUUGGGACUCAGCCCUUAAGCCCUCAGACAGCGCCACAGUGUGGUCACACAUAACAGGAAUGAUCAGCUAA